AUGGGAAUUGGUCAGAGAUAUGGGCAUCUUCUGAUAAUAAGUGUGACCCUAAGAGCCUGUGUGGCCUUAAUGGGUUUUGUACUAAUAUUGGUGAAGACAGCCAAUUGCUCAUGCAUUCCAGGAUUUGCGAGUGUUAACCAAGAGAAAUGGAGUUUAGGUUGUGAUAGGAAAUUCAUUGCAAAAAGUUGCAAAAGCAAAGAUGGAAGUAUCACAUAUACCAUGGAACCAAUAUCCAAUAGUGAAUGGCAAUUUGAUAAUUCUCUUUCCAUUCUGUCAUUAUCAACUAAAGAUGAAUGCCGAGCAGCAUGUUUGGUGGACUGUAAUUGUGAAGCCGCUAUGUACAAAGAUAAUGAAUAUGGGUGUGCAAAAAUCUCUGAUUUUGGAUUGGCAAAACUACUAAAGCCAAACCAAACCAACACCUUUACAAGCAUCCGAGGGACAAAGGGGUAUGUUGCACCAGAGUGGCAUCGAAAACAACCAAUUACAAUCAAAGCAGAUGUAUAUAGUUUUAGAAUUGUGUUAUUGGAGCUUAUAUGUUGUAGAAAGAAUGUGGACUGGAAUCUUCCUGAAGAAGAAGAUAUUCUCAAAGAAUGGGCAUAUCAUUGCUUUGAGGUGAAUGAGCUAGGAAAACUAGUGAGUGGUAAGGAGGUUAACAAAAGACAAUUGGAGAGAAUAAUUAAAGUGGGACUCUGGUGCAUUCUUAAUGAUCCAUCACUUCGUCCUACAUAUCCCAAUCUCCCCAAUUUCAACUUCUUCUCUUAG